UUCACUCUGCAUUCUGUCUACUUCACCUUGAAGGUGAGUUUGCUGCUGGGCUCCUUGCUGGGUCUCUGUUUGGGUCUGGAGUUCAUGGGCAUCCCCAACCAGUGGGCCCGCUACCUCCGCUGGGACGCCAGCACUAGGAGCGAACUCAGCUUUCAGUUCAAGACCAAUGUCUCUGCUGGGCUGCUCCUCUACUUUGAUGAUGGUGGUGUCUGUGACUUCCUCUGUUUGUCCCUUGUUGAUGGGCGCCUCCAGCUCCAGUUCAGUGUGGACUGUGCAGAGACUACAGUUAUCACAGACAAGCAGGUCAAUGACAGCAACUGGCACUUCCUGAUGGUCAGCCGCAAUCACCUUCGGACGGUGCUAGUGCUGGAUGGUGAAGCCAAGCCGGGCGAGGUGCGUCCACAACGCCAAUAUAUGAAUAUCGUCAGUGACCUUUUUGUUGGUGGAGUCCCAUUGGACAUCCGUCCUGCUGCCUUGACCCUUGAUGGUGUUCUGGGUGAGCCUCCAUUUCAAGGAUUUAUCCUGGAUCUGAAAUAUGGCAACUCUGAGCCACAGCUCCUGGGCAGUCAAGGCGUCCGACUGGAAAUGGAAGGGCUUUGCGCAGAAAACCCUUGUGAAAAUGGUGGCACUUGCUUCCUUCUGGAUGGCGAGCCACACUGUGACUGCUCAGCCACUGGAUAUGCUGGCAAGCUGUGUUCUGAAGAUGUCAAUCAUAUUCCAGGCCUCUCACACCUGAUGAUGGGUGAACAAGGUAGAAGUAAAGCGCGAGAUGAGAACACAGCCACUUUCCGUGGUUCCGAAUACCUUUGCUAUGACCUGUCGCAAAACCCCAUCCAGAGCAGCAGCGAUGAGAUCACUCUCUCCUUCAAGACAUGGCAACGCAAUGGGCUCAUUCUGCACACCGGCAAGUCAGCUGAUUAUGUCAACCUGGCCCUGAAAGAUGGUGCGGUCUCGUUGGUCAUUAACCUGGGGUCUGGGGCCUUCGAGGCCAUUGUGGAGCCAGUCAAUGGCAAGUUCAAUGACAACGCGUGGCAUGACGUUAAGGUGACACGCAACCUGCGGCAGCACUCAGGCAUUGGACACGCUAUGGUAAACAAACUACAUUGUCUGGUGACAAUCUCUGUGGAUGGCAUCCUUACCACCACGGGCUACACACAGGAGGACUACACCAUGCUGGGCUCGGAUGACUUCUUUUACGUAGGAGGGAGCCCCAGUACUGCUGAUUUACCUGGCUCUCCAGUAAGCAACAACUUCAUGGGCUGCCUCAAAGAGGUUGUUUAUAAGAAUAACGACAUUCGUCUGGAGCUGUCUCGCUUGGCACGGAUUGGUGAUACUAAGAUGAAGAUCUACGGGGAAGUGAAAUUCGUGUGUGAGAAUGUGGCUACACUGGAUCCCAUCAGCUUUGAGACACCUGAGGCCUAUAUUAGUCUGCCUAAAUGGAAUACCAAAAGGAUGGGCUCCAUCUCAUUUGAUUUCCGAACCACUGAACCCAAUGGACUGAUACUUUUCACCCAUGGCAAGCCUCAGGAGAGGAAAGAUGCCAGGAGCCAGAAAAAUACAAAGGUAGACUUCUUUGCAGUUGAGCUUCUAGAUGGGAACCUCUAUUUGCUGCUGGACAUGGGCUCUGGGACCAUUAAAGUCAAGGCCACCCAGAAGAAGGCCAAUGAUGGAGAGUGGUAUCAUGUGGAUAUUCAAAGAGAUGGAAGAUCAGGUACUAUAUCAGUGAACAGCAGACGCACGCCAUUCACCGCUAGUGGGGAGAGUGAGAUCCUAGAUCUGGAAGGUGACAUGUACCUCGGUGGGCUGCCUGAGAACCGGGCAGGGCUCAUCCUUCCUACAGAGCUCUGGACAGCAAUGCUGAACUAUGGCUAUGUUGGCUGUAUCCGAGACUUGUUCAUCGAUGGACGCAGCAAGAACAUCCGGCAGCUGGCAGAGGCGCAGAACGCCGCAGGAGUCAAGUCCUCCUGCUCCCGCCUCAGCACCAAGCAGUGUGACAGCUACCCGUGUAAGAAUAAUGCAGUCUGCAAGGAUGGCUGGAACCGCUUCAUUUGCGACUGCACUGGCACCGGCUAUUGGGGUAGAACAUGUGAGCGAGAGGCCUCUAUCUUGAGCUAUGAUGGCAGCAUGUACAUGAAGAUCAUCAUGCCUAUGGUCAUGCAUACAGAAGCAGAAGACGUGUCCUUCCGUUUCAUGUCCCAGCGUGCAUAUGGGCUGUUGAUGGCAACCACCUCACGAGACUCUGCUGACACUCUGCGCCUGGAGCUGGAUGGAGGCCGUGUCAAACUUAUGGUCAAUUUAGGUAUCGUAUAA